CAAAAAUAACUCACUUGAUGUCACCCUUGAAGCGACAACAAUGCUUGAAUAGAUUUAACAAUGUUUUAUUUUAUUAAAUUAUUAUUAAUUAUUAAUAUUUAUUUUAUUAAAUGUAAGACCCUUUGUCUAGAUUAUGGAAUAAUAAGUAUAUUAGUCUAUAACCGCAGCAUGACCGAACUCCUGUCAAAGAACAUCGUACCAUCAGUUAUAAAAUAUUUAAUUUCACACUUUAUAAAUAUUGCUUAACAUAUUUAUGUUAAGCGUAUUUGCUUGUUAUCCAUAUUCCGCAUAUUCUUGUUUUCCUUUGUUGACUUUUAUCGGCGAUUUUGCUGAUGCAAUCACAGUUAUCAAACAUACUUCUUUAUCUCUCUGCUUUACCAACGAGUCAACAAUAAAUUCUUAUAAUUUUUGCAUCUGAAGUAUUGUCUGAAUGUAUAUCUAAAUCGGCUAUGUUUUUUUGCAGUAAUUACAAUUCACAAAUUAAACUGAAUAUUAAUUUAUAUAUAAUUUUUAUUCCUAAUUCCAUAGUUAAACGCAUUUGCUAUCUUAUAAAAAAAACCGUUUCAAAAUUUUCUGGAAACGUUAAAAUAUAGAAUUGAAUCAAAAAUUUUUUUUUCUUUUGUGCUGAUUUUCUUUCCAUCCCAGGUGCAAGUACAUUGUGCAACCAUUUGAAGUUCUCACGAUGAACAGAGUUGUUAUAGGUAUAAGACUGAAAGAUUGAAAAAACAGUAGUGCUCAAAUGAGAACGUGCAACCGAACAAGCAAACGAAAACUGCUAGAAAACCACCGAAAAUAAAGAGUAUCAAUUGUGGGCAGCUACACCACCUACUCCGAAGAACGAAAGACUUAAGUUAAAUAACAAUAACAAUAAAUAUAGGCGAGCACAAAAUUGAAAAAUGUCGUCCCGUCUUAAGGAGAAAGUAACCGCGGCUAUACGAAAAUUCAACAAGAGUCGAAGUCGCAGUGGCAGUGGUGAUAAAACGGCAGAGGCUGGCGGUGGCGCAAGUGGGAAUAGCUCUGGAGGAAAUGUCGGCGGCAACGCGACGGCGAAGAAUUCAAACGGUAAUGCCAUAGGCGCAGGUGUUGCAGCUGAAUCGCCGGGUAGACGUCUACGACGACAGGAUAACAGAGUUUCACCGGCUACAAGUAGAAUGGUUAUGUCAGUCAAUGUUCCACAUGCUCCCGAUCACAGUAUUCGGGCACGGCGCCUAAUGAAAGAAUACAAGGAGAUACAAAAAAUGCACAAUAGUAAAAAAGACCCAAUAUUCACGGUGGAACUUAUAAACGACAACCUGUAUGAAUGGUACGCUAGACUUCAUAUCGUCGAUCCAGAUUCGAAAUUAGCGAAAGACAUGGCUGAGAUGAACAUUCCAUUUAUACUCCUGCAUCUUGUAUUUCCCGACAAUUUCCCGUUUGCACCGCCUUUUAUGCGAGUAGUCGAACCGAGAAUUGAAAAAGGGUUCGUCAUGGAGGGUGGAGCGAUUUGCAUGGAACUAUUAACGCCACGUGGUUGGGCCUCAGCGUACACUGUAGAGGCAGUCUUAAUGCAGUUUGCAGCGAGCUUAGUUAAGGGACAGGGACGUAUUGUGCGAAAAACGAAGGGUUCAAAGGAGUUUAGUAGACGAACUGCGGAGGAAGCAUUCCGUUCAUUGGUAAAAACGCACGAAAAAUACGGGUGGGUAACGCCAGCACUCUCCGACGGCUGAAUUGCUAUACACCUGCUAUAAAUAUGAACGUACACAAGUGGUGUUAGAAAUCAAAAACACAAAUGUCAAAAAAGAAUGAAGUUCUGGUCCUUUGCUCUGACCAAAAGUAUGCUCAUAAUGAAGUUUAUUUAUUAGACUUGUAUGUAAACAACAAAAUAGAUAUUAUACGGUGUACAUAAGUAUAUUUAAAAUUUUAUUGAACUCGGUAUUUUCGAUUUUCGUUAAAAAGCUGCCACAAAAAGAUAAUUCGUUUUAAAGUAUGGAAUAGUAUUUGUACUUGUAUUACCAUUACGGUUUGCACAUACUUACAAUAUAUAUGUAUAUAAAACAUAUAGCUUAAUAUAAAUAUGUCUUUCAUGUUUAUUUUUUUUCGCUAAAAAAAAACAAAAAAAAUGGGGAUAGAAUAAGAUUUUUAUAAGACAUCACGUAAAAUAAUAUACAUAAAUAACAAAUUGGUAAAUUUAUCAAUUCGCGAGUUCGCAAGUAAACCAAAAACCAUCCAGCAACAACUUAAAAAUGUAAAUAUUAAAAUCAAAAAUAAAUUAAUUACAAUGUAAACUAAUCGUUUGAAUAUGACUCCAUCUUUGAACUGAAUGCAAAACGUGUAUACAACAUGGUGGCAUUUUAUGUAAAAUAAUAAUUUUAUGGAUAGCAAUGUUAACGGUCACAAAAGUCAAAAUUAUUCAAAUUUUGCUAGUUUUAUUCAAUUAUUAUUUGAUUUAAGAAUAGGCGCACUUUGCAAGGGAAAGCUGCAGAAGUGUUUUACAAAAACUUUACAUAAUACAUAAGAGUUAAAAAUUUUAGUUAAGAUUUGAAUUAAAACACUAUACAUCAAUAUAUAUUAAUUAAGCAAGCUGUGUUAUAGAAUUGGAGAAACCAAUGUUUUGUGAUUUCAUAGAUACUGAAUUUUAUUACCAAAUAAUUACUUUUUUACAAACAUAGUUUAAAUAAUUUAUUUAUGUUGACUCCAAAGACUAUUAGUACGUAAUCACUUAUUAAUUAUAUACACUUUUAAGAAAAUAAUAUACAAUAAGUCUAAAUAUUUAUUGAAGUAUGCAUAAAAUAAUUUUAUUAGAUCUAAAUGCAUCUAAAAUGGGUCUACCAGUUACCGUUAUAGUUUCUUAUUUCUCAGUUUCAAACAGGCAUACAUUUAUAUAUACAUAUAAUCCGACAUACUUUUCUUCCUGAAUUUGGUUGUAAAAUGUAUUGUUCCGAAAAAUUUGCCGUACGAAAACAUUCUUCAGUAUUGUGGGAAUUUUGAGAUGUUUUGCAAUAGAUAUUCAUAUACUACAUAUAUAUGUAAGCAUUCGUAUGUUUAAAAUAAUUUAAUAAACCUCUAUAUGUAA